AAUUAAAAAAAUUAUAUUUAUAUCAUUCAAGUUUAAAAGAAUAAUGUAUAAUUUAAUUUAUUUCGUGCCUUGUACCAAACGGGCCAUGAGCUGGCCCAAACAAUGUUUAUUUUACUAGCAUUGACUUAACAAUGUUAAAUUGUGUGAUACUUUGAAAGAAGCAUGCUUGUGAUUGUGAACUAUAAAUCAUAUCAAGUCCAUGUUAAUAAAAUAAACACCAUUUGAGCUGGUUCAUGAUUCUUAUGCUUAGUUUUUAAAACAAAAGGACUAGCACAUUAUAGAUUGAUUAAAAUAGAAGGAUAACGAAUGUAUAAAAAUAAAUUACAAGAAUUAAAAACAAAACAUACUUAAAUUAUAGGAACCUUAGAGUUUUAUUUUGUCAACAACAUAUCUAAGCAAAAUUCUUUUUCAACGAUUAAAAAAUUAAUAAGGGAAGUAUAUUCAAUUUAUUUUAUCUCUAUUUAAAAAUUUACAAAAGAAACAGAAAUAGUCUCCCACACGCAUUCUUCCACUUGAACUGUCUGACGUCAUAAAUAAGACGCCAAUUAUUCGAAGUUAUCCUGCUUGAGAGGGUAUUGGACGGAAAAAAUGCACCUUAUGCACCCGAUCCCCAGCCCCCCUUUCUAUAUAUCCGCAGAGGCGCAUACAAAUAAAUGAGAAUAAGCCAGACAUUGCAAUGGAUCACCUUACACUUCUGCUUUUCAUAUCCUUCAUCUUUUUUAUCCUUUUCUUCAUCUUUCAAACCAGAAGCUCCCAGUCUGCAGCUAAGAAUCCACCCGGCCCACGUCCUCUUCCUAUCAUUGGAAACAUCUUAGAACUUGGCACUCUACCUCAUCAAUCACUCACUAAUCUCUCAAGAACUUACGGACCUGUUAUGACUCUCAAGUUAGGAAGAACAACCACCGUAGUUAUUUCUUCUCCACAAGCGGCCAAAGAAGUUCUGCAGAAAAAAGACCAUGCUUUCUCUUUCAGAACAAUCCCAGAUACCAUUAGGGCACACGACCAUGAUCAAAUUUCAGUUGUAUGGAUGCCUCCAUCUUCUCAAUGGAGAGUCCUCAAGAGAAUUUGUGUCACUGAAGUGUUCUCUGCUCAUCGAUUGGACUCUACACAGACUCGUCGUCAGAGAAAGCUGCAAGAUCUGCUAAACUAUGUGGAUGAAUUCUGCAGAAAUGGAGAAGCUUUGGAUAUUAGCGAUGCUGUUUUUACCACAGUGUUGAAUUCUAUAUCGAACACUUUUUUCUCAAUGGAUUUGGCUCGUUAUACUUCUGAUAAGUCUCAAGAGUUUAAGGAUAUUAUAUGGGGUAUCAUGGAGGAAGCUGGAAGGCCUAAUGUUGUGGACUUUUUCCCAGUUCUUCGAGUGCUUGAUCCACAACGUGCACGUUCAAGGAUGAUGAGUCACUUUGGCAAGUUAUUUGCGUUUUUUGAUGGUCUCAUAGAAGAGAGGUUGCGAUUUGUAGGUCUAGAAAUGGAAUUCAAGAGAUUCAAUGAUGUGUUAGAUUCUUUGAUGCAGCUCAUGAUGAAUGAGAACCCACAAGUUAGCCGACCUCAAGUGUUGCACUUGUUUUUGGAUUUAUUUGUUGCUGGAAUAGACACAACGUCAAGCACAAUAGAAUGGGCAAUGGCAGAGCUACUACGCAACCCAGAAAAAAUGAAAAUAGCUAAAGAUGAACUUAGACAGAUCCUUAGAGAAGAUGAACAACUUGAAGAAUUUCAUAUCUCAAGACUUCCGUUUUUGAGAGCAAUUGUGAAAGAAACUAUGCGUUUGCAUCCAUCACUGCCACUUUUGGUACCCCAUAAAACAGAAGAUGAAGCAGAGUUAUGUGGCUGCUUUGUGGUUCCCAAAAAUGCACAGGUCUUGAUCAAUGCAUGGGCUAUAGGAAGAGAUCCAAAUGUUUAUGAUGACCCAAACCAAUUCAAGCCUGAAAGGUUUAUGGACAAUGAAAUUGAUUUUAAAGGGCAUGAUUUUGAGCUCAUUCCUUUUGGAGCUGGUAGAAGAAUUUGCCCUGGAUUGCCUUUGGCUAAUAGGACUGUACACAUUGUACUGGCUUCUCUAUUGUAUCAUUAUGAUUGGAAGAAUCCUAAUGGGUUUAAGGCCGAAGACAUGGAUAUGAGUGAGAUGUAUGGAAUUAGUUUACACAAGGCCAUUCCUCUUAAGGCCAUUCCCAUCAAAGCUUAGAUCUCAUUUCGUGUUUCACCCUUUGUUUGGAUGAAAAGAAAAUAUAGGAAGGACAAAAACUAGGAAAGAAAAUUUUGAAAAAUAUUAAAGAAAUGUACUAUUUUUGAAAAUUUCUUUUCCUAGUUUUCUCUCCCCCCUUAUUUUCUUUCCACUUUUCUUUUCAUCCAAACCUAGCCUUAGUGAUGGUCAGAGGGAGUGGUAAUGUUUCUUUACAAUAAUGUCUAGCAUUAUUUCUAUAGAGUUACAUGGUAGUGAAUGUGGGCAUAUAUGUCAGGAUCCUUAAUUCCUGUUAUGAAAAUUGCAAUUGUGUC